UCCGGCACUAGUAGCCAGCUAUCAACAGGGUGUUGUUCAGACAGCCGCUUUAAAAUCGGACUCGUUCCCCACAGAGUGGUUGUCUCCUGAAGGGGGGGAAAACCCAGAAAUCCCAACAGAGCAACAAAUCCGCUGCCCUGACCUCGCUGAGCCCCGGUGCCCUGACAAACGUCAAUCCAAUGUGCCCUCAGGCCUUUAAUUAGCUGUCAAUUAGUGCAAAUUAAUCAACUCCUUGCCUAAUUAAGCAAUGCCGACAGGCAGCUUCCAAAAAUGCCAUUGUGGAAGCACCAUGAGAAAACUGAAGCUAGCAAACUCUCUGCUUUGUGGGGUCAUAAUACCCCUGAUAGCACACAUAGGGGAAGGGGGGGAGCUCUUCGCUGAGUAUUUGUUUUUUUCCUACCGACUCAGCACAAGGUAUCUGCUGCUCUAUCUAUUGUCAGAUAAGACUGUAUAAGGCACUAAAGGUGCCAACUUUUGGUUAUUGGUUGUAAGGACCUCUAGGAUACCUAUAAGCACUUUAACAUGAAGACUCCGCUGUGAGACUUUUUAAUCAAUUAUCCAUUGUCGAACAAUUUUCAGAAUCUCACCUAGAGAGAGAGCUGUGCUCGAAGUGAAAUCUUUUCAACAAUCUUAUUCUUUUACAGUGUACUAUGUCUUUUGCCAGGGAACAGAGUAUAAAAGUAUAAAAUACAUCCUUUAAAACAAUUCAUCACUUCUAAUAGGCCUGUGGGCCAAAUGUAGACAAAUGGCUUAGAGACCCAAUCUCUCAUUUAGAUUGCCUGACAUGAGCAUAUCAGGCUCUAGCAAUCUGUGUAUAGGGGUUGGGCUAAUGCAGCGCUCUGUCCCUAACCACAGCCCACAUCAAGCUUGUUACCUUCUAGUGACCUUCCCCAUGAGUGAACAUUCUUUCCCUACUCAGAAAGAAAAAUAGCUGUCAACUGUUUCAAAAUAUGCUCGUAAACAUGAUUGGUAUGCGAUGCGUUGUCUGCUACUGCUGAGGAUUAUUCCAACAGUCAAAGUCUGCAUUCAUGUGCUAUGGACAAGGCUCGUUUUGCUUGUCUUCAUAUUUUAUCCAUAUUCCCAGCAGAGGCUUGUGCACUUGUGCAAUGUGGAAUAAAUUUUAAUUAUUGUCUCAACAUUUAAUGAUUGGCCUUACAAAAACCUUUGCAUGUGCAGCUCAAAAAUAAACUUCAUGCUGCAGUGCUUUAUGAACAGGCAAAACAUUGGGAACAAAACUAGCAAAUUAUGCAACAGCUGUUUGCCUUUUAAUCUGCAAGCCAUCAGAUCUUGCAGCCUUUGAUAGGCUACCCUAUCUUCACGAAUGACUGAACUAAAUCUUUCCAUAAUCUGCAGUUUUAUCAGUCUGUCCUCUUAUGCAUGCAAAUCAGGAAGUGCCCAUUUCCCAGUGUGGAUGGUUUAUCAAAAGCUGUGAGGCUUUUUCACCCAUUUACAAUAAGCAGUAAAGCCCAGCCCAGAUUAGGACAGAAGUGUGUCUGUAAUUGACAGCAGCCUGAAUUAAUAUAUAGCUUUAACUCGACUAGAUGGUGUGUCAUUAGCAUAUCAGCAGAACAUUGAUUUCUUCAUUAUCUUCAAUAACAUUUCUAUUUAAAAGCUUCUAAUUAGUUGACACGGUCCCCAUGUAAUUAUAGAUUUAACAUCUUGCUUGUUCUUUUUUUUAAGCCUAAUUAAUAGCCAGACACGUGAAAUUUACACACACUGUUUUUAGUCAUGUCGUGGACUUCAUUUGUAGUACAUAUGUUUUCAUGUUCAUGUAAUGCUUUAGAUAUAGCGAGUGGGGUCAUUUACCCUAAAUGAUUUUCUAAAACGUAUCAAUCUUUUUUUUUUUGCGUUAAUGGAUCGUAAUAUUUUAUACUGGUUUUAUCUGUACAUGCAUACUGUAAAUGUUUAUUUGCACUUUUUAAUAAGUUAAUUUGACUGAUUUCCAACAGUUUUUAACUUACGACACAAACACUAUAUUUUUUGUAAUUUUAUAUAUAUAUAAUCUUCUUAUAAACUACCCCAUCAAUUCAUGUGUUUACACCUACUUUUUAAUUACUGUAGAAUUAAAUGGCCACCUCUACUAAUUAUCCUGGCGCCAUGCCAGUAAAGAAUUAGCAUGGCCUGCUAAUGUCCCAUAUGGUCAAAAAUCACAGCUUUUCUGUGGUGUUUUCCCUUUUAAGCUGAUUAGCUCCAGAUUUUUAUACAUUAUCUUUAUUUGUAACUAAUAAACAGAAUACCUUAUACAAAAUGUCAUUGGUUUGGUUCUUCACCUGCACACGCCAUUUUUUUAUUAUUAGGCGGGAAAGCGCCUUGGCUCAACUCUCGCGGGAUUUUACGCGACUUGAGCGCUUGGACACGCUCAGCCACGCGUCUUUCGCAUUGCUCCUCCGCCGUCACACACGACUCCUGACAUUUAUUUAUGCAUCAGCACAUGGCACUUUGAUAAGAUUCAUGUUAUCUCGGUCUCCAUCAACGUCUCGCUGCUCAUUUCCAUAAAUUAUCUUCUAGUAAUUAUCUGGCCAGAUGUCCAAAUUGUGCCACAAAUGAUCUCCAAAAGAAACAAAUCUAACUGUAAAUUUGAUAAUAGCUGAUUAGACAGUAAGGGCUAUUUGAUUACAAACAAACAAACAAACAAACAAACAAAUAAAUAAAUAAAUAAAUAUUUUGUAGCUCAAACGUGUACCGCCAUCUGUAGGUUCACUGGGUUUAUCUGCUUCACCUCCCUUUUAUGUGAUUAUUUUUAUUUUAUAUUAUGUGGUUAAUUUAUGUCCGACAAAAAAAUACAAUUUUGUUUUUAUAAUAUACGUUUUUUUUAUAUUUCCUAAUCACUGGAAUAAGAUAACUCUUUAGAAUGCAUACUCAAAAAAAUACGAGUGCACCAAAUAGGCUAUAUUUAGGAGAAAACCCACCUCUUUUAAUUGUUCUUAUGUGAUCAUAAGUAAUUCAGUGUCAAUCUUGAUGUUCAAAUGCAGCAGGUCUGCCUGCAAAUUGCAGCAAAUUAAGAUGAUGUAUUUAUAGUAUAGAAAAAUCCCAGCCAAUUGAUGUGAUUACAGCUGUAUCAAAGAAGGGUUACAGAGAGAUGAGCCAAGUGCUGAAAUGAGAUUAGGUUUUUCAAUAGAUUUAUUGUUUUGUUUUUUUCUCAUUUUAAGUAGGGUGUCCUUAAACUCCAAACCUAUAAAGCUUCUAAUCGGCUCUAAUAGCUUUAACAAUCGUAAGUAAAACAGAUAACUUCUGGGUUUCAACCUGGUUUCGUUUUCGCAAAAUUAAUCCAGUGGGUUAAUCCGAGCCCCCAGAGCUGCUUUUAAUCCAACAGGACUCAUUGUGACAUUUCGAAAACGUCUCCUGAACUGCUUUAAUAAUCCCGAACAGGGUUUAUUUAUAUCAUCGACCUAAAAUAAAGCAACACACUGUUUAAGCCAGUAGUAAUCUGCAUGACAUAAUGUGCCAGGCAUGUGGUGUUCCCGUGUUGUUAAAUGGAAUAUGAAUAGAACAUCGUCAGUAUGUCUUAUGUCUUACUCCAGAUAACGUGACUUUCAGACCCUAAAUGAUUUUGUGGCAUCUUUAUUCAUUUCUCAAAUAACCAUACGUACUUGUUUUCGGACUCUUUUAUCUUAUAUUUUGAGCAUAUUUUUAUUUUUAAAAUGUAUUUAUUUAUUUAAUCAUACAUAGAUACAUACAUGCAUACAUACAUACAUACAUACAUACAUACAUACAUACAUACAUGCAUGCAUGCAUGCAUACAUACAUACAUACAUACAUACAUACACAGUACUUUUUUAAAUUGACAUCAAGCUGAGGCAGGUGACACGUUCCCUGGUCUUUGUCCUGGUAUCAGGAUCAAGAUAAUUAAAAUGAUUUCGAUUAAUAAUAAUAUGAAUAGAAACAUGAAAUAAAAUGUUUUUGAUUUUCCAAAUGGGGCAGAGCGAUAUCUAAAUUUGAAAAAUGUUAUUAUUAUUAUUAUUAUUAGUAGUAGUAGUAGUAGUAGUAGUAGUAGUAGUAGUAGUUUUUUGUUGUUAUUAUUGUUGUUAUUAUUGAUAGUGUUGUUGUUGUUGUUGUUGUUGUUGUUGUUGUGGUUAUUGUUUUUAUUGUUGCUGGGUAUUAAAAGUCUUUGGGAUAAAAUUCUGCCAGUGGGCACGAGCGAACACUGUCGAGUAUUUUUCUAAGAUUUCAUUAGGAAUGUAAACCCAUUAAACCAAAUCACAUUUCGACAAACAGAUAAAAUGCACACUGAGCGCGGGAGACUUGGUGAAAUUGUGAGCUUCUUGCUCGCAGGUGAUUGGCUGCCGACAUCGGGCCCUUGUAGGGAUGGACCUUUUGGAUAAAAGGAGAAUUUCUGGGGGGAUCGCGUGUAUUUGCACUGGUGGAUUCCUGUGCACAAGGGAAGCGGGGGACUAUUCUCAAAGGCACCAUGACGGGGAAGGAAGGGGCUGUGUUAUCGGAGAGUUUGAACAAACCGAAAUUAGUUGAAAACGGAGGGAAUAGCAACCCGCACAAGAGCAUUACAUCACACGCACCCAGGUGCACGGGCUUCGGCAUCCAGGAAAUUUUGGGCUUGAAUAAGGAGGCGUCCUCGGCGCCUCGGAGCGCGCUGGACUCCAUUCCCGGGGGUGCGCACUUGCUGGCCGCACGCUCCAUGCUUGGCCCCGCCGCCGUCGGGGUCGGUAUGGGAUUCAUCGGCCCUGGGGGUAUUCCGUCCUUCUACAGGCAGCCCUCCUUUCUGGAGGUCCUGUCAGACGCACAAAACGUCCAAUUUCAACCUCUCAGCAAGACAGCACCUCAGGAGGCCGGACAGUCUGCAAGCUCAGACUCAGAGGAUGUUUCUUCGAGUGAACGAAAAACAUCCAAGUCUUCCCUGGGCCAGAGCAAGAAGAGAAAGAAAAGGCGACAUAGGACAAUAUUCACAUCUUAUCAACUGGAGGAACUGGAGAAAGCUUUUAAUGAAGCUCACUAUCCCGAUGUGUACGCCAGAGAGAUGCUGGCUAUGAAGACUGAACUACCAGAAGACAGAAUACAGGUCUGGUUCCAGAAUCGUCGAGCCAAAUGGAGAAAGAGGGAGAAGUGUUGGGGACGUAGCAGUGUGAUGGCUGAAUAUGGGCUAUAUGGAGCCAUGGUGCGUCACUCCAUUCCUCUUCCAGAGUCCAUACUGAAGUCUGCAAAGGACGGAAUUAUGGAUUCCUGUGCCCCCUGGUUACUAGGGAUGCACAAAAAAUCACUGGAGGCAGCGUCAGGCACACCAAGCCAGAAGCCAGACAUACCUCAGCAUCCAAACAAUGCCAGCGCUGAUGAUACUGAUGCUGAGGAGAGGAGGAGCGACUCGCCCAUGUCUAAAGAGGAACUGAGGGAGAACAGCAUUGCUGCUCUCAGGGCUAAAGCACAGGAGCACAGUGCCAAAGUGCUGGGGACAGUGUCUAGCAAAAGACUCGAGCAUAAAACACAGGGAGAAAUGGAGGAGAAGGCCAGCAUGGAACACUCAGACUCCCAAGAAGAGAAAGAGAGCUCAUAGAUAUGCACUUAUAACCGUUGGUCAAACAGCAUUGUGUCUUUCUGUAGCUUUCCAUUAAACAAAUCCUGAUGAUCUCUUCUGUAUUUGAUCAGAACCACAGGCCAGGAGUGGAUCUCCUCUAACCUAGCUAGUGCUAUUUUCCUAUUCUUACUUAGCGCUUCAGAUGAUAAGUUCAGACGUUGGUCGGAAAAUACAGAAAGCAUGACGCAUCAAUGUUUAUUUUUUAUUUUCUAAGACCUACUUGCCACUAAGUGUCAUUUGGUUCUAUAUACAGUAUAUGCUAGUACAAGAAACAACUGUAGCUACAAUCUGGUAACGUUUGGUGAUAUUAAUGGUGGCUUGGCAAGGACGACAUGCUCUUCAAACCUAAUGAACAAUGUUAUUUUUUAUUUCUACUUUGAAAACAACCAUUUGAAACAUUUUACUUUCAGUCUGUACACUAUGCUUCUUUUUUAAAGGCACUCAGUGGUUGGUUCCUAAGUUGUAUUAGAAUGUGACGUUGUACAUAUUGUAAAUAAAGAUAGCUUGCUACAGUAUUGUUUGAAAUACA